AUGUGCUACGAUUCGGAGGAGAGCAGGCUAAUCAUGUAUGGUGGCUGGGCCAACAAGUGGCUGGACGACUGCUGGCAAAUCAAUGUGGCCUCAAUCGUUGGCCCACCGUAUGCCAUCGUGCAUGUGGAUCCGCCGUUGGGACCCGUAUCUGGCAACCAGAAAGUCGCCAGCUUACAAAUGUCCACCUGUGUCUUGGCACUACGGAAGCCUCAGCUUGUCGCCAGUUUAGGGGGAUACAUAGGCAUAAUGGAAAAGAACAUGGAAACUACAUGA